AUGGGGACCGUCAGCUUUGGUAUGGGCCUGGUUGUCGCUCCCAUCUUGUUGCUAUUCCUGGACCCUAAGUCGGCAAUAGUAACUGUCAACGCUAUAAUUCCAAUCCUGCUUUCUUUCGUCCUGCUGACUACGUGGCGCCACCUGCAGUUUCGAUUACUGAAAGGAAUGGCGGUUGGUGGAGUUCUGGCCGUUCCGUUGGGGGUUCUGGUCCUGGAAUCGGCUAACCCAACGGUUUUGAGGUUAACGAUAGGCGCUGCGAUAUUGUGUCUGGGUGUCCUCAACCUGCUUAAUAUUCAACUGCCAAUGGCAAACAGGCGCGGCUCCGGACUGUUAGUAGGGUUCCUCACUUCCCUUUCCAUAACUACUCUAAGCAUCGGCGGGCCCUUGGCGGCGGCAUACAUUAUUGCCCAGCACUGGCAUCGAGAACAGAUGAGGGCAGCCCUUGCCUUCUAUUUCCUUUGCACUUACAUUGUGGGGUUUGUACUGUAUUACUUCAUUGGGCUGGUGGAUCGGGAUAUCUUGGUCAAUAUUGCCCUGCUGGUGCCGUCAUUAGUGGUGGGUUUCGGUGUCGGGGCAUUGCUGGCGAGGCGGAUGAAUGAGGCCGUAUUCCGGUACGUGGCUAUUGGGGUAAUUAUCACCGGUAGCCUAGUGCUACUGGGGCAAGAGGUGUCCAAGGUGGUAGCGGGAUGA